AUGAACAAGUUCGUGGUAAAUGGACCCCAAGACACUUCGGGAAUCCCCCAUAAACCCAUCGGAAAACUACUCAUGGAUGCUUUUAGUACUUUCGACAAAAACCUCAUCGCUGUGGUGAAUGCCACCACUGGGGAUUCCCUCACUUACUCACAGUUGUGCCAAAUGAGUAAAAAUCUAGCAACGAGUCUUCGACUUUUGGGAGUAUCGAAAGGUGAUAUCGUUGGCUUGAUGGCUGAAAACUCUGCGGAGUUCUUGGUUACGUAUCUAGCAGGUUUAUUUAUCGCAGUCCCCGUACAUCUAAUCAACUCUAAGCACACACCCUACGAAUUAGAACAUAUUUUGGGUUUAUCUGAACCCAGUGUAUUAAUUUGUACGAAAAAAACCCACCAAAAUGCUAGAAAAGCUGUAAAAGAUUUAAACUACGUUACAACUGUCCUUUGUUUAGACGUGGAAAAAAUGUUGUCUGCGUGCGUGCAUGAAAGUAAUUUUCAAGUCGAAGACAAUUUUGACCCUGAAGAACAAAUUGCAUUGAUUUGCAACUCGUCGGGAACCACCGGCUUGCCAAAAGGGGUAAUGAUUAACCACGAGAUGUUGAGAUUACACUUCACCAUCGGAAGGCACCCAGAUCUCCUUAACUUAAAAAUUGGAGAUAGGUUGGUCGUAAUUGUGCCUUUUUUCCACAUUUACGGAAUGGGUAUGAUUAAUGCUGCCUUGUUUACUGGAACAACCAUAAUACCAGUUGACGCUUUUGAACCGGACCUUUUUUUGAAAACAGUUCAAAACUAUAAAACUGAGACGCUACUUCUAGUGCCAACUUUGGUUAAUUUUUUCAUUAAAAGUCCGUUAGUCGGAAAAUACGAUCUGUCGAGUGUCAAGCGUGUUGUAUCUGCUGGAGAUUGUCUCCCUGAAGAAGAUGCGCGCCAACUGAUAAAUAAGUUAAGUUUACAGAAACUGGAAAUCGGUUACGGACUGACGGAAUCCGGUAUAGCUGCAUGUAGUCAUGACAACCCCAGCAGCAUUGGUAAAGUGCUUUGCGGUUAUCAAAUGAAAGUUGUCGAUUUAGAAAAAGGACAUUCGCUUCCUCCUUUCCAAAAUGGAGAAAUAUGCAUCAAAGGUCAAAUUAUGAAAGGUUAUCUCAAAAAUUCCGAAAAAACCAAAGAAAUGCUCGACUCGGAAGGCUUCCUUCAUAGCGGGGACGUUGGUUAUUAUGAUGAUGAAGGCUAUUUUUAUAUUAGUGGAAGAAUGAAGGACCUUAUUAAACACAAAUCUUGUCAGGUGGCUCCAGUCGAACUGGAGCAAAUUUUAAGCAAAUUCGAAGGGAUUAAGGACGUCGCUGUCAUUGGUAAACCUGAUUCACGGUUCGGGGAAUUACCGACAGCCGCUGUUGUGAAGGAACAAGGUGUCGAAAUUACAGAAAUAGAAAUCUGUGAAUACUUAGCGAAAUUUGUUUGUGAUGAAAAACGUUUGCAUGGGGGGGUUCGAUUUGUUGAUGACAUCCCCAGAACUAAUUUGGGGAAAAUUAGGCGCCAGGAAUUGAUGAAGCAGCUGUUUAAUGAAUAUGUAAACUUGGCGCACUUAGCAGCAACCUUGUCAAAUUUAGUGAAUGUGGAUACGUCAUUCGAUAGGGAUUUUUUGUCUUCGAGGUUAUAUGAAAACAUUUGGUACGUCGUAAUUCCUAAAUUCACUUUGACAUUUGUAUUUUCCAUGCCUAGUCCAAAAACGCGUCGAACUGAGACGGAACGUUUCGCGACACAUCGGACCGAACGCUAG